AUUUCAGCUCAUCUUGAAAAGUUAAUAGCAGAUAAGAAAACACCAGAAGAUGUUAAAGAAGAAGCUAAGAAAAUGAUGCCAAUGAUUGAUGGUAUGAGUCAGAAUGAUAUGAAAGAAGCUAUAAUAAAAUAUGAUAUCAAAUCACCAGUGAAAGGCAAUGAUAUCUCUGAACCAAAGGAAUUCAAUUUAAUGUUCUCAACCUCUAUAGGACCAACUGGCCAACAUAAAGGAUUUUUGCGUCCAGAAACUGCUCAGGGUAUUUUUGUAAACUUUAAAAGACUUUUAGCUUUCAAUGCUGGAAAACUACCAUUUGCUGGAGCUCAGAUAGGAAAUGCUUUCCGUAAUGAAAUCUCACCACGGUCUGGAUUGUUAAGAGUUCGAGAGUUCACAAUGGCUGAAAUUGAACAUUUUUGUGAUCCAAAUGAUAAAAGUCAUCCUAAAUUUGCUGGGGUAUCAGAUUUAAAGUUAUCCCUAUAUUCAGCCUGUAACCAAAUGGAUGGUAAACCCAUGCAGUCUAUGACAAUAGCAGAGGCAGUUAGCUCAAAAUUGGUGGCCAAUGAAACUCUAGGAUAUUUCAUGGCCAGAAUUUAUCUAUUUUUAUUAAAAGUUGGUAUCAAUCCUAGUAAGUUUCGAUUCCGUCAACAUUUAUCCAAUGAAAUGGCCCAUUACGCCUGUGAUUGCUGGGAUGCCGAGCUAAAGACAUCUUAUGGUUGGAUAGAAUGUGUAGGAUGUGCUGAUAGAUCGUGUUAUGAUUUAACUCAGCAUACAGAAGCCACUGGUGUUAAACUGGUAGCUGAUAGAAAACUACCUGAACCAAUAUCCUUUUUCAUUUCCUACCGAACUGUAGAUGUUAUAGAAUGUCAACCACAGAUGGGGGUUCUGGGUAAAUCAUUUAAAAAAGAUGCGAAGCUAGUCGGAGAUUAUCUGUCCAGAUUAAAUAGUGAGAAAGUGGAAGAUUUAGAACAAAAGUUGACCAAUAAUAAAGAAAUACCAGUAACAAUAGAAGAUAAAGAGUAUAAGAUUACACCACAGAUGGUCAAUAUUAAAAGAUAUCAAAAAACUAUUCAUGUGGAAGAAUUCAUGCCAUCAGUAGUAGAACCAUCGUUUGGAAUCGGUAGAAUCAUGUACGCUUUAUUUGAACAUAAUUUUAAAAUAAGAGAAGGAGAUGAACAGAGAAGUUUUAUAAGCCUACCAGCCUCUAUAGCACCCUAUAAAUGUUCUGUUUUACCAAUCACUAACAACGUAGAAUUCAAUGAUUAUAUCAAACAAUUAUCUGAAUCACUGACGUUAAAUGAUAUAUCACAUCGUAUAGAUGAUAGUGGAGGUAGUAUUGGAAAACGGUAUGCUAGAACUGAUAUGAUAGCUAUACCUUAUGGUGUUACUAUAGAUUUCGAUACUCUACAAGCUAAACCACCUACUGUAACACUACGAGAACGAGAUACAAUGAAACAAGUCAGAGCUAAGAUGGAAGAAAUCCCCCAGAUAGUAAAAGAUUUAGUUGAUGGAAGAAGAAGCUGGGAUGAUAUAUUAAAACAAUACCCAAUAUUUGAAGGUCAAGAAUCUACUAAGUGAACUGAAUCUAUUUCCACUGUUUCUUAUAGAUAAUUUAAAACUUUCAAUAAACCUGAGGACAUGUUCAACUAUAUAACUAUGAUAGUACAGUAUAGAGGCUAAUAUUAUCAUUUUUACAGAAGGACAGAUUGUGUUAAUUCAGAUUUUUACUAUAGAUUUUAUAAAAAUUCUGCAAAAAUAUUCCCAAAUGGACUUAGAUAACCUUUAGAACACAGAAUGUCAACAUUUAAAUACACAUAACUUGAACUGAAACUGAAGUUAUAUGAUAACUUACAGCGUAUAACAUGAUGAAGAACACCUGCUAGUGGCUAGUGUUCAAAGGCUGUUGCUUAAAAUUGUGAAGCAGCUAUCAUAUAUAAAUAUCAAAUCAGAUGCUUUAGAAAAGAGCUUGAUCUACUUGUUAAUUUUGACAAUGGAAUAUUAAUUGCAAUACAUGUAAUCAUGCUUUACCCUGCUUUAAGUAAAACUGCUUUAAGUAAAACUACAAAAAUAUGUUAUUUAUUUUCUGAUCUUGUAUAUUUCUUUACACAACAGAAUGAGAAUGAAUAAAAUUUUUAAAAAAUUAUUCACAUCUAACUGAUCAUUAUCAUGUAUCGUUGUUUAAUGAUCAUGGGUAAGGGUGCCUCUUAUCAUUUAGAACAUAGAAGUGAUCUUGCAAACUAAUUGUAAAUUUUAGUUUAUAUUGGUUACUUGUUUCGUGUUAAACGUUAUUAUUGACACAUGAGAAAACAUAGCUUACAUCAUGAUUUCUGUAGCCCUUUCAUGAUGUAGGUUAUCAGCUGACCAUAUCUCUUUAAUUACUCUGAUUCUGGGCCCAUAAAUAAUCCUAAGAUCAAUUGUGUCAUAAGUUAGGUAUUUGUGCAAAUCUAUGUCAAAUUCUUAUCAAAUUCUUAUCGCAAGAUUUCAAUGUACCUUAUUACACUGUAAAUAUAUCAAUACAAUAAAGUAUUAAAUCU